AGACAUCCUCAUUUCCCAUCAUCAAAUCCAAAAUGAAUAAAGACUCCUCCUUCACCUUUGUUCACAUGCACCGCUCACGCGACGCAGACCUCUUCGAGGACUUUUGCAAGGACAGGCUCCCUGAUGACGAGAUAUACGUCCCUCCUAUGCAUCAGCCUAUCAACCCAGAGGACGAAGAUGAUGUUGUCCCCGAUCAGCACGCCGCUUUUGGUAUCCAGCGAGCUACGCAAAAGUCCAAGGAGCCCGCCUGGAAGGAUCUGGGUCUCUCGGAGCUGAUGAACAAGGGGCCCAGUAUUGGAACAGGUGGGAAGCCAAAGGGUGCAGGAAGUACUCUUCCUCGAUAGAAAGAUGUACGGUUUGCAGUCAUCAUGUUUUGAGCAAGGCGUUGGGGGGUAACAUAUCUUCAUACAAGGACAAGAUAACUAGAACCAAGAUAGUUCGGUAUUAAAUUCAAUGGCAAGAUAUCACAUCGCCACACAAAGACG